UUUAUUUUUCAGUGAGUGGCGUAUACUUAAGGCUAUUUCCUUGACCUAGUUUAAUUAACUAACUUUAAAUGUGGUGUGAUAUAACAAUUAAGUGAUUAAAGAUAAUCAAGGUUUCUGAAGAGAGAAAUCUGUGUAAGGUUUUAUGACGUCAAAUUGUAGUGAUAAAAUUAAUGAUAAAGAAUUAUUUUUGUGAAGUGUAAGUGAAGUUAUGUUGCCAUGGAUUCCGAAAUAGAUAUCCUGUUGUUUAUCAACUGCACGCAGCAGAUACUAGGGCGACAGCAGUCGUGGGACCAUCUCAAUGUCACGCAGAUCCUGGACUUGUUACCAACGCGGAUCCUUGAGGACAUCAAUCUUAAAAUUACCCUUGGAAACUGCAUGGGCCUUGGUGAGAGGCCGUUCAGCCCGCCAUGGUGGGGCCAGCUGGCCUGGUUCAUGGUCUUCGCCAUCAUGUUACUGCUAGCUGUAUUAGGCAAUACAUUGGUCAUAUGGAUUGUUUUAGCUCACCGUCGCAUGAGGACAGUAACGAACUGUUUUCUCGUGAACCUUGCGGUCGCGGACUUGCUGAUGGCAACAUUGAACGGGGCUCCAAACUUCAUAUUUCUGGUGACAGCGGACUGGCCAUUUGGAGCCGUGACGUGUACUGCCAGCAACUUCACCGCGAAUCUUACUGUGUCUGCUGGCGUGUUUACGUUAGUGGCUAUCACUGUUGAUAGGUAUGUGGCGAUAGUGAAACCUCUACAGCACAGGCUAAGUCGCAGAGUUGCGCGCGCGGUGCUCUUCACAGUAUGGUGCGCCAGCGCAUUGCUCGCUCUGCCCAGUCUACUCUACUCCGAUACUUAUAAGAAACAGUAUGUUAAUGGUGACAGAGAAAUAUGUUUCAUUAAAUGGCCCGACGGCAGUUACCCGUCCUCAAAAACUGAUUAUGUAUAUAACUUGGUGUUCCUGGCUGUGACAUACGUAGUGCCUAUGUCGGUAAUGGUCUGGGCGUACGCACGAAUGAGUGCGGCGCUUCGAGGGAGGGCUAUCGGCGAAUGUACUCAUCAUCAGAUGCAGGUUGUCAGAGCUAAGAGAAAGGUGGUGAGGAUGUUCGUCCUAGUGGUGAUGGUAUUCGCGCUCUGCUGGCUACCAUACCACGCGUACUUCGUGUUAACAUACCACUACCAGUCCUUAGCGUCCGCGCCAUUCGCCCAACAUAUCUACCUCUUCUUCUAUUGGCUGGCCAUGGCCAAUUCCAUGUUCAACCCUUUAAUAUAUUACUGGAUGAGUAAUAAAUUUCGGAUAUACUUCCGAAUGGUGUUAUGUUGGUGUUGGACCCCAAAAACAGCAACAUCAACCGACUUGAAGAAAUUAGAAAUGAACAAAUCGUUCUCUGUAAGCCAAAGAAACUAUCGAGACAUAUCGUCUUUUAGCCGAGCAUGACAUUCAAAAAGACGGAGCAACACUUCGCGCUCUACGCCGCAGCAUGAUCACUCGAAUGCUACAGAACUGAUAACGAAUGGCAAUGCAGUGCGAAUGAAUCCGAGAGGUGAACCCGACGAGAGACACUUUCAUAUGUGUGAUGAUAAAUUAUAAUAAAACAAGUGACAAGUGUAUAUAUAGUAGCCUAGUUUUUCUACACGAAAUCAAUUGAUUCUAAAUUGUAAUGUGAAUUGAAACAAAAUGAUCUCGUAAAUAGUUUUACGAGUGAAUGCUAGUUUUUAUAAUAAACUUUAAUUAAAAAUAAUGAUCAUAAAGUUUUUUCAAAAUUUUAAUAUUGGAUCUUCUGAUUAAGGCUGUAAUCAAUACGUCGAAAUUAAUCACGUUGUCUGGAAACUCAUUAACCUUUGAACAAAACGGUUUCUUUUUGUUUGUUUGUAGAUCAUGUUAAUUAAAAACGUGUUUAAUUGUUCAUCUUUUUGGAAGAUCUUUGUU